CCUAUGAUCGCGAAGCCAAGGAAAUAGUAAAUAAACCUACAUAAGAAGAUGCCUCUACCCAGUCAACAAAUCUAAGACUAGCCCUAUAUUGUCCUCCAAUGGAUCGAUGGAAUCAGGGAAAUACUGUCAACGACGUACAGGAUCCUAAUAUUCCGUAUUCAAACGUCAACUGGUUAUAAAAACAAUCAUAAAAGCUCCACCUACCAACUUGGAAUCUAGAUCCUUCCCCGCUUCAUACAACUACAUACGUGAUAACAAGGCCCGUAGCCAACCCAAUCAUAGUAAUAAGUACUUGCCAAAGACUGAAUUGCACCGGGCAAUCAAUAAUGGCUCCAGUUGUAGCUGGUCUUGUUUCCGAAAGCAAACCAUACCUCGUCCCAGGCAAGCUGCUUGUGAGAGAGCUCUGGUUUGAAGUCCCUUUAGACUACUCCGAUCCAAAAUUAAAGACUAUUAAGCUCUUUGCAAGAAGUGUCGUUAAAUAUGAACGACCUAUUGUCGAAUCAUCAGAGGUUGUGCAGAGACCUUACCUACUAUUCCUCCAGGGCGGCCCCGGUUUGGGGACCCCAGCACCUCAAGAUUCUCCCUUGUCAGGGUAUAUGCUCGAUAGAGGCUACGAGCUGCUCUUUCUAGAUCAACGGGGCACGGGCUUUAGCACACCCAUAUCAGAUAACACUCUAGAGCUCAUCGGCAGCCCCCAGGAGCAAGCCGACUAUCUUAAGCUCUUCAGGGCCGACACGCUUGUCAAGGACAGUGAGGCCGUUCGCCUCUGCCUAACAAAAGACUACCCACCUGAGAAGAAGAAGUGGUCUACAUUCGGUCAGUCGUUUGGCGGCUUUACGACUCUAACCUAUCUCUCCUUCGCACCAGAAGGCCUUAGAGAAUGCUUCAUCACCGGUGGGCUUGCCGCCUUGGAUAAGGGCCCCGAGGAAGUUUAUCAAGCCACCUUUCGAAAGUGCAUAGAUCGGAAUCACGACUACUAUAGGAAAUUCCCAGAUGAUAUCGCUACGGUCAAAUGGAUCGCCGAGAAGAUCCGCGAGCUCGGCGGUGAAAAGGGAAUUCCUCUACCCGGCGGCGGCUUUCUAACAGUGUCACGAUUAAUGACUGUGGGCCUUAAUUUCGGUGCUCACGGGGGCGUCGACCGAGUUCACAACUACAUCAUUAGGAUGAAGGCCGAUCUAGAUCAGUAUGGCACAUUCACUCGCUACACUCUGAACGAACUAGAGCAGGACAACCAAUGGGACACAGCUCCAAUCUACUCACUACUUCACGAGCCAUGUUGGUGCUUCGGCCCAGGCGUAGCCGGAAGAUGGGCAGCCGAACGAGUCGGCGCGAGCCUGGAAGAAUUCCAAUGGCUUCGGCAGGAUUGGGCCGGGCCAGCGAGUCUAGGCGAAAAGCCGCUGUAUUUCUCCGGCGAGAUGAUCUACCCCUUCUUCUUCGACACGUGCACCGGACUCUUCAAGCUCAAGGAGACGGCGCAGAUCCUAGCCGAAUUCGACGGCUGGGCACCGCUCUAUGAUAUUGAGCAGUUGGGUAAAAACGAGGUCCCCGUGUACGCGGCCGUCUAUAAUGAUAUGUACGUCGAUCCGGAGAUGUCGCGGGUCACGGCGGCUAGGAUCAAGGGGAUAAAGGUCUUCGAGACGAGCGUCUUGUACCAUAAUGCUCUCCGUUCGCGCCCUGAUGAGGUGAUUCCUCAGUUGCUUCGGUUGCGUGACGAUACCAUUGACUGAAGAGCUUUUGUAACCUGUGGCCCUACAAGGUAUCAUCAAGAUCAAGGCUAUAGCACUUAGGCAUUUAUCUCCCUGGCAGCCUUACCGGGUGUUCGGCUCGGAUACGAGCAACCAUGUAUACAAGUCCUACCAAGACCGAAUCCUCGGAUGAAUCUUCCUACGUAAAUAAGAAUAACCGAUAAAUUAUAUCUACUAAACGGUUUCUACGCUCACGCCUAAGCCGUCACGAACGGACUUCGUAGAUACCGAAUCAAAACAGCUCACGCUUACUCAUAUACCCAUGUCCACCGGGCUGGCUCUUAUAUCAUCGUCACCAAGUUUCACAGCCCUUGUACUCGGCCUCCUAGAUCCUUCGUCGGGAUUUCCCCGCUUAGGCCCUGCUAGGUAAGUGUCAAACCAAAG